GUUGAGUAUGCUUUGCCUCUCUCUCAUGUAGCCUUCUAGCUUGUUCUUAGAUCACCAACCUUCACUAAUGGGGUCACCAAAUACUAAUUCCCCCACCGCCUAUUUCUCGAUGCCCCCAAGCCCCACUGCCGCUGAUGAUGACUUUCAAACGCCACCACCGCCUCCUUCUCAACGCCAACCUGUAUCCCUUGUACAACCCUCUAUAAAAAAGAAAAACAAAUCUAUUAAAGUAUUUCAGGCUUUUCGCUCUGUUUUUCGAUCAUUCCCCAUCGUAUCGCCAACCAUGUGCAAUAUGUCGAUCACUCCUGGCAGCUUUUCCGAUGGUCAACGUAUCAGCUCAACCAACGGCAAGAAAGUUACCGGGACGUUGUUUGGGUACCGUAGAGGUAGGGUAAGUUUUUCUGUUCAAGAAAACCCUAGGUGUCUUCCUUCACUGGUUAUUGAGCUAGCCAUGCAAACAAAUGUUUUACAAAAAGAACUUGGCUCGGGUAUGGUUAGAAUUGCCCUAGAGUGCGAUAAGAGACCCGAAAAGGAUAAGAGUAAGCUAUUAGAAGAGCCAUUAUGGAACAUGUAUUGUAAUGGGAAAAAGACUGGUUAUGGAAUCAAAAGAGAGGCCUCGGAGGAUGAUUUGCAAGUCCUGGAGUUCCUCAAGCCCGUAUCCAUGGGUGCUGGAGUGUUGCCUGGAAAUUACGAGUUGGAAUGCCCAGAAGGUGAGUUGACCUACAUGCGAGCCUAUUUCGAACGGGUUGUGGGCUCAAAGGAUUCGGAGACGUUUUACAUGCUAAGCCCAGAAGGGAAUUACGGGCCUGAGCUUAGUAUAUUUUUUGUCAGGAUUUGACACAUGAAUCGGUUAAUCGAUCAUUCGAUCGAAUGGAAAUUUAGAUUUGAGACGUUUCGCUCACCGGUUCGUGAGACAUACUGCCAGAGAUCAUUUAGUGAUUGUAAUUUGUGGAUGUGCAGGUGAUGGGA